AGUCCACCCGUCGGCGCCAUCUACCAAGUACCAACUCCUUCCUGCCCCCAUCUCCGCUGCACAAUUCCCCAACUACCCACUCGCAAAUCCUCCCUCGCCGCCUCCCUCCUCUCUCUCUCUACACCGGCGACCGGCGUCGAGGCGAUGGGGUGGGCGACGCGGUUCCUGGCGGCGGUGUGCUUCUUCGCCGCCGGCGUCCUCUUUGUCCCCGAGGCCAUCCUCGGCUCCGCCUCCGGCGCCGGGGCCCUCACCGCCGCCAAGCUGGCUCACCUCCUCUCCUUCGCCACCUCAUGGGGCGCCGCCCUCUGGGCCACCUUCAUCGGCGGCAUCAUCAUGUUCAAGAACCUGCCGAGGCACAUGUUCGGUAACCUGCAGAGCAAGAUGUUCCCGGCAUACUUCACGCUCAUCUCCGCCUGCGCCGCCAUCUCUGUCGCUGCCUUCGCGUACCUCCACCCGUGGAAGACGGCGUCCACAGUGGAGCGCUACCAGCUUGGAUUCCUCCUUUCCGCGCUCGGCUGCAACCUCUCCAACUUGCUCGUGUUCACCCCAAUGACCAUCGAGAUGAUGAAGAAGAGGCACAAGAUCGAGCGGGACCUAAGCAUCGGCGAGGAGGUCGGGUGGUCCAAGAACCAGCAAGUGGCGAAAUCCAACCCUACCCUCGCCGCGAUGAACAAGAAGUUUGGGAUGAUCCACGGGCUCUCGUCCCUGGCCAACAUCAUGUCCUUCGGCAGCCUGGCCAUGCACUCGUGGUACCUGGCCAGCAAGAUUGAGCUGUGAAGCCACCCUUCCUCGCCAAAUUGGUUGUGCACGUCCUGCACUGAGAUCCCAAGUAGAUUAAGUUGUACUAUACUGUUGACUUCACAGGAGAUGAAUUGUAGCUGAAAGAAAUCCCAUGAAAUGCAUGCUGCUCUCAGACCAGCAAUUGGAAAUCCAAAUAAUUCAGUCGCGUUGACGGCAUCUAUCCGUUUGAUCUUUC